UAUCGCGGUUACUGGAACGAUAUAGUUUCUGUCGCAGAUCAGCACUGGGCUUUACUUCUGCAUAUUCGACAAGCACAAGGUAAUCAUUUUAAACAAGAAAUUAAGGCUCUUGAAUUGCAUUCCAGAAUUGCGGGUCGCAGUGAAAUCUUAGCACUCAAUCCUUUCUUGGAUGCAGACGGCAUACUGAGAGUAGGUGGUCGACUCGCAAACUCCGACUUAAGUGAAGAUCAGCGACAUCAAACUAUAAUUCCGCGUGGGGCUCUGGCUUAUUUACUAGUCGCCGAUGCUCAUACACGUUGCUUACAUGGUGGUAUACAACAAAUGCUUCAGUUUCUUAGACAACGUUUCUGGCUUAUAGGCGCACGGGCGCAAGUAAAGUCUUUCAUCUGGGCCUGCACUACAUGUCGUAGGCAUCUUCAAAUUAUACAACGUCAACAAAUGGCUUCGCUCCCGAAGGAACGUGUACUAGUGGCCCCACCAUUUUCUCGUAGUGGCUUGGAUUACUGCGGGCCAUUCCAUGUACGUGUGGGAACGCAUCGCGCUACCCCGACUACAAAAACCUAUGCUGCCAUAUUUAUUUGUAUGGCGUCACGAGCGGUUCACAUUGAGCUGGCAGAGGACUUGAGUACACAGGGGCUAAUCGUCAAAUGCAGGAAGACUUAAAGGCUUGGGUAACAGCACAUGCUCAACAACAUCUGGCAGCUGAAGGUACAUGUUGGAAGUUCAUAACACCUUCCGCACCUCAUCACGGUGGUCUAUGGGAGGCAGCAGUUCGUUCAGCUAAAAAGCAUCUGCUGAGGAUAAUGGGCAGCCAGACAUUGCGUUACACUGAAUUUUCUACUCUCCUGACUCGCAUCGAGGCGUGUCUUAAUUCGAGACCACUGAUAGGUCUCUACGAUGAUCCUGAAGGAGGGAUAGCUCUAACACCGGGUGACUUCCUGAUCGGACGACCACUCAAUUGUCGUACAGAGCCUCCAUUGCCUGAAGCUCCAGAAAAUCGUCUUCGAUAUUGGCAACGCCUCCAGAAAAUGUUGGAGCAUUUUUGGCGCCGCUGGCAAUCCGAAUAUCUAAACCCUCUUCAGACCCGGAACAAAUGGACUAGAUCGGAACCCAAUGUUCAGCGUGGAGAUGUAGUUCUUAUACGUGGUGAAAAUUUGCCACCAUCGGUUUGGCGUAUGGGACGAGUGAUUGACGUUCACCCGGGCAGUGAUGGGUUGGUGCGUACCGUGACGAUAGAGUACAAUACCAACCAGACAUCAUCAAAUGGACUUCCUAUUAAGCAGCGGUGUCAGCGACCGGUGCAGAAGUUAUGCCGCCUAACAGGUCCUACAGAAGAAUUACUGAACCGCGAGGGUUCAGCCGGGCAGGAUGUUCAAGAUUUAAAUUCUUUACAAUGCAGUCCUGCGCAUAAUUAGUAAGGACACAAACCAAUACCAGUCAGCUGAUUGCUGAAUGCUGAAUGAUCAAUAUAAUUGUAUCCUCUUUUUAGCGUUGUAUUCGUAGACUAGUAGUUUCACUCUAGCUUAGUGAAUGUAAAUGUAAUUUUACCAUAUUUCAACUAUAGACAUACCUAUAUGUAUGUAGAUAUGUAUCAUGUGGCGUGAUGCUACAAUCCGUUAACCAAAUAUGUAUUUAAUGAGAAACUCAAUAAAGAAGCGGCCUAUUUCGUGACAGACUGGU